GCCUCGGGUUUGGUAUACUACUCCGAUCACUACAUGGCUCGCAAGAAACGUCGUCUGUACGCCUCUGAGCACGCUGAAGUCGAAACCACACAGCCAACGUUGGUUGUCCUUCCUCUCCCAAACGAAGUUAUUCCCCUCAUUGCCGACUCAGUUCGAGUUCGAGAUCUCCUCCCAUUGACCCUGGUCUCGCGUCAAUGGUAUCAUGCUGCGCAGUCUCGCCUCCACAGACUAAUCAGUGUUUAUUGCGGAAAAUCCUGCAAACGUUGAUUAGAAGAUUCGAGGAAUUUCCGCAUCUAGGAAGCCUUGUUCGAGUGUUGAAGCUCUCCGCCGACUGCUUAGGAUCCCCCUAUUUGCGAGGCCAAUAUGCGAAAAGGCUUGCAGCAGCUCUUACAGGCCUGACCCGGCUCCAAAUAGUCAGUUUCGCACCAUGCAGGAGUCGUAGCAAGGAGUUGCCUGAUCUUGUUUUCUCUUUCCCGAAGCUGGCGGGGUUGAUGAUCUACGGAUUGAAAUAUAUUCCCGAGCAAGCAGCAGCUAUUAUCGAGACUACGGAAUCAUUGUGCACGCAGUUUCCAUCGGAUGGGAAUCCCGUGCGACUGACAGAUGUUUUGUGUUUGACAAAGGCCGAGAUAUGUCAUGACCUCCUUACGUGGUUUACCUCUCCGGCGUUCGACCUCUCGAAGCUACAGCUGUUCGCAAUGAAGUGGUCGGCCUGGCCACCCGGAAUGCCUUGUCCUAGUUUCUCUGCACUUGACAACUUUUGUGCUCGCGUUGGUAGCACCCUAUCUGUGUUACAUUUGGGUUUCCCAGAAAACAUCGGUUUUGGCCGUUCCGAUAUCUUAUCUUCUCAUCUCGUCAGGACUAUGAAAUGGCUGAUCCUCGGCCAUUUCAUAGUCCUAACAGAAAUACGGUUGGAUCUCUUUCAACUGGAGGACAACUUUGAUUCGGUUUCACCUGUCAUUAUGUCCCUUUUGAAAACUCUUUCGAAUUCGGCGCCUUGCCUCCGUGUUAUAGAGGUUAAAGCGAGAUAUGGGGGCAUGUAUCACCCCCCCCGAAUGGAAGUUGCUCGACAAUCUUUUUGUUGAUGGAGCUUUCCCCUCUGUUCGCUCAUUUCGUUUCCUUCUUCACUCAUGUGAUCGUCCUUUGGUUCGGUGGGUGCCAGAAAGGCGUUGCUUGGGCGUGUGUAUUUGCACUAGGGUUCGGCAGGAGUUGGAAAGAGAUUUACCCAAGGCCAAUUCGAGAGGAAUCCUAGAACUGGAGUUUACUUGUAAAAGUAUGUUCAGGCCAGAACGUUCUUAUUUUUGAUCGUGUCGGAGAUGUAUUUCGGUUUCUUUUUCUGUUUACUUACCAAGUCCAGCCAAUCAUUCUCGGAAUCCCCAGUAUAGUCUUGUCAUGAACUAUUUCCUACGCCAAUAAAAGUAUUUCAAAAC